AUGCCCGUCCCGAGCAGUUUCCGCCCUCGAAUCUCGCCAACGCUUCAUCAGGAAAGAGAAGCGCAAGCUUCGCCUGACGACCAUCCAGCUCGAGAUCGUGAUUCGCCAAUGCCAUUUUUCGGCAAACGUAUCGAGAUACCGGUCCCCAACACAACACCGGAUGACCAUUCAGAUAUUCGAUCUUUAGACGAAAAUUACGCGCCGACAACAGUCUCCGACGUAUCACUACCGCCGCUUUCUCCCCAGCUAGGCCCAAUGUCGCGCCCUGAUAUACCUUCGAUUCCACGACUAACUUAUAGAGUCCCAAUUGCGCCAACGACAAUUCCUGAUGACUCUGCCCACCUAGUCAUCCCUCAACCUCACUCGCCCCUCUCCACAAUAUCGCCUCGAACCCCCUCACCAGAUCCAUCCCACCUUCUUUCUGGCUCUCCCUUCGCUACUCCGACGGCCACCGAACAAGCUACUCCAUCCUCAGCGAUGCGUCCGCACUCCCGUGCUGACACCAUUCCAACAGUCAACAUUUCUUUCUCCAACCCCCCUACCGCUACGAAUGCCCCGCCAGUAUCCAACCCAACAUCUCACCCCAUCGACCUUCCUGCAUCAGUUCCAAUACCACCACCUCUGACCCCACAACCGAUCCUACAACCCCCUAGAUCUCCUAGCCCAGCACGACCACCUCCUUCUCACCCACCACAGCGAGCACGCCCUCCAGACCCAGCCCCCUUUUCCUCAAUGUUCACCUCCUUCCAAUCCACGGAUCCCAUAUCCUGGGACAGACUUGCACGGCAAAGCGACCGCCACCGCCGCGAACAGCGUCACGUUCCCUCACCAGGAAGCGCCAUCAGCCCAAAGAGCACACCUAUGCCCGGAUUCAUGGAUGUAGGGCCAUGGCCGGCUCCCGCGAGGUCUGGAUCUGCCUCUUACUUUGCUGGUGUUGGUGCUGGUGUUGGUGGUGAUGGCGAGGAUCGGGUUGAUACCGCGCCAGCUGCGGGCGCUGGGGCUGCUGGUGAUGAGAGAGCAGGGCAGCGGAAUAGGUUGAUUAGUGUUUUUAACACAAGUCAUUUGGACUCGUCGCUUCGACCGUCGAAUUCGAUGAGGGAGCAACGCGGCGAGAGGAUGCCGCAUGCGGCUACUGAGGAUGGCGGACUUGGUGUUGGUGGUCCCGCGUUGAGGAGGAGUGUUAGUGAAAGGGUGGCUGAGAGUCAGAGACCUAUGACGCCGAGGGUUCGGGAGGAGAGGAGGCAAAGACCGAGAACUAAGGGGCUUGGGAGAGUGAGGUGGAAGGGGAGGGAGCACUGA